CCUAUAAAUAAAGGACGUGAUCCAAUUUUCUUUUACACUAUUAUACAAACACUCACUUACACUCUCUUCUUUGCUGAUUCAGUGAUUCUAAUUCUGAUCAGUUUUAUUGCACUUUCCGAAUUCAAUUCUACUCUUAAUUCAGUAUCAUGGCUAUUAUAACAACAACAAAGAGAACUGAACGGUUCCGUCGAACAACACCACCAACAUGCAAGUAUUGGCUAGCUGGGAGAUGCAACAGAAAUCCUUGUCAAUUUUCACAUAGCUUACCAACCUCGCCAUCCAAUGUAUACUAUAAUGCCAAUACGACAUAUAAGCAUUCGAAAAAGCCCGAUUCGUCCGUUGAGAAGAUGGCCAGUUCCUCUGCUAAGAAGGCAAUAAAUUGCGCACCCAAGGCCUUCAAGAAGCCAGAAAAUUGUGCACUAAAGGCUGUUGAGUGCAGACCAGAAGCAGAAGCUAUAUCUGUUGAGAAGCCAAGCAAGUGUGAACAAAAGGCAGAAGCUAUAUCUUCCGUUGAGAAGCCAAGCAAGUGUGAACAAAAGGCUGUAUUGAUUGAAAAGACUGCAGACGUGGAAGAUGUGGCCACUGUUGCUAAGGCUUGUGUGGAUAAAUCACGUAGUAUUUGCAAAUAUUGGAUGACUGACAAUUGUGUGGACGGUGACUUGUGUCAGAAUUUGCAUUCAUGGUUUUAUGGUGAUGGGUUUUCUACACUUGCAAAGCUUCAUGAACACAAGGAGGCAAUCACUGGCAUUGCACUGCCGGCUGGUUCAAACAAACUUAUUUCUGGUAGCACUGACGGCACAGUUCGGGCAUGGGACUGCAACACUGGCCGUUGUGUUAACAUGAUCCAUCUUAAUUCUCAAGUUACCUCACUCAUAUCUGAGGGCCCAUGGAUUUUUGCCGGUGUGAAAAAUGCUGUGAAGGCAUGGAAUAUUCAGACGGGUGCAGAUGUUACUCUUGAUGGACCUAAAGGGCAAGUCCUUUCCUUGAAUGUUGGCAAUGAUAUCCUCCUUGCUGGAGCAGAGGAUGGUGUUAUUUAUGCUUGGAGAUGCAGCUUUGAGACUCCUUUCAAACUGGUUGCAACACUAAGUGGUCAUAGUAAACCAGUGGUUUGUCUUGCUAUUGGAUGUCACAGGAUGCUUUAUUCUGGAUCCAUGGACCAUAGCAUUAAGGUUUGGGACCUUGAUACAUUCCAGUGCACAAUGACACUUAACGGGCAUACCAACGUUGUCACAUCACUUAUUUGCUGGGACAAUUACUUGUUAUCGGGUUCAUCUGAUUGCACAGUCAAUGUUUGGGUGUGCACCGAGGAGGGAACUCUAGAAGUGACAUACACUCACACUCACCAAAUUGCUGUUCUUGGACUGUAUGGGAUGACUGAUGCAGAGGCCAAGCCAAUAUUGUUCUGCUCGUGCAAAGAUAAUUCAGUUCGUAUGUAUGAAUUGCCUACGUUUCUAGAGAGAGGUAGACUAUUUACGAGACAAGAAGUUCGAUCCUUUCAGAUAGGCCCUGGCGGACUCUUCUUUACUGGAGAUGGGACUGGUUUGCUGAAUGUGUGGAAAUGGUUAGAAGAGUAGUAAAAUACAUAAGAUUUUGAGUUACAUGAUGAGUUAUUCUAAUUACUUUGAUGUGGUGACCUUAUCUUUAUUCUCUGAAUGUAUGAAUUAACUGAGCAUACUUGAUGUUGGGGUUGGGCAUAUUGGUUCUUGAGGUACAAGAAUUUAGAGAAGUAUUAUUGAUUCUCUGAAAUAUAAAAAAGAUUGAUUCUUGAAGCAAAAGAAACAGCAAAAAAAUAAGAAAAUAAAAAAAGAAAAAGGUCCGAGACUUUGAGCAUCAAUGGUUAAAAGCAUCAAUGGUUAAGAGGGUCGAAAAUUGGCCUAAAAAGCUCAAAAGAGUUGUUCUCCCUAACUAUAUGCUUGUGGUGUGAAAGUGUUAAGUAAUCCUUGAGACUGAACAUUUAAAGUCGUGACCUAAAGCUAUUAAAGAGUACGCUUAAGGCUCUGAGCACCACUGUCUGGGAAUUUAAGCAAAGCUAAAUUCGAAUCUAAAGGGUUCCCCCAGUUAAGUGCUUGUGGUGUUUAUGUAUCAGGUGGUA